AUGCUGUCAAGAGUGUCAAAUCGAGAGGAGGACUCGAUGAACAACGAGCCGACGCUUUCCGGCAAAACGAUCAUCGGUUUGAUCAAUCCGCCGCCCGAUAUUCGAACGAUCGUCGACAAGACCGCGCGUUUCGUGGCGAAAAACGGAGUGGAUUUCGAGAAUAAAAUUCGCGAAAAAGAGGCGAAAAACCCGAAAUUCAAUUUUCUCUCGAUUACCGAUCCAUAUCAUGCGUACUAUAAGAAAAUGGUCUACGAUUUCUCGGAGGGACGAGUCGAGGCGCCAAAGGUGCCCCAGGCAGUCAAAGAACACGUCAAGAAAGCGGAAUUCGUCCCGUCGGCACCACCGCCAGCUUACGAGUUUUCAGCUGAUCCAUCCACUAUUAAUGCCUAUGAUCUUGAUCUCAUUCGUCUGGUCGCCUUAUUCGUUGCCCGAAACGGUCGUCAAUUCCUGACCCAAUUAAUGACGAGAGAAGCGAGAAAUUAUCAAUUCGAUUUCUUGAAACCCGCUCAUUGUAACUUCACCUACUUCACAAAGCUCGUCGAGCAGUAUCAGAAGGUCCUCGUUCCGGCCACCAACGUCGUCGGCCAACUUCUCGACGACGCUUCUAACAAAAAACGUCUUCUGGAAGACAUCAAUUAUCGUGUUUCAUGGGAAAAACAUCAAAAAGGACUCAAAGAUCGCGAAGAGGCGGAAGCGGAGAAGGAACGAAUGGCCUAUGCGCAAAUUGAUUGGCACGAUUUUGUUGUGGUGCAGACUGUCGAUUUUCAGCCGGGCGACUCAUCCCAACUCCCUCCACUCUGCACCCCGAAGGAUGUCGGUGCCAGAAUUCUCCUGGAAGCGCGAAACGAAAUGCAAAAAGCGGCCGCUGAAAUGCAAGAAAUGGAUAUGGAAGAGAGUGAUUCAGAAGACGAAGACGUCGGCGACAAAACGGCUCCAGAAUCCUCGUUCACAGCUCCACUUCCACCGACGAAGCAGAAGGAUGUGAUUGUGAGGGAUUAUGAUCCGAAGAGAAAUCAGCCGACGACACAGAAGAAAGCUGUGGAGAAUUGGAUUAUUUCUCCACUUACAGGAGAACGAAUUCCAUCGGAUAAGCUCGCCGAGCACGUCAGAUAUAAUACUGUCGAUUCACAGUAUAAAGAGGAUAGAGAUCGUCAUAUUGGAGAGAGAUCCACUGAGGAACCGGUGCUGGCGCUGGGAGCCGAUAUUUCGAGAAAUCUGGGUCAAUUCGCCGAACGUCGUACCGACAUCUUUGGUGUCGGCGGUGAGCAGACGAUGAUCGGAAAGAAAUUGGGCGAAGAGGACAACUCCCAGCAGGGACAAUCGAAUAAACUGAUUUGGGAUGGAACUGAGGAGACGAGAGAUAUGAUUACAAGGGCGGUCCAGAAUCAAGUCACUAUUGACCAACAAAUCAACGAAAUCCACCGUCAACACGGCUUCAUUGCCGAUCCGUCGAAAGAGAAGAUCGGUGCUCAACAGCAGUUGCCACGUCAUCAGACGACUCAAGGAAAUGUGACGAUCACUCAGGGAAUCGCUAAUCUUCCCGGACAAAUGCCAUGGCCAGGCGGUCCAGGGGGACCACCGAUGGGAAUGAUGCCACCUGGUGGUCAAGGGCUUCCACCCCACAUGCGUCCACCUAUGGAAUUCGGAGGAGCCGGUGGUCCACCAGCAAAACGUGCUCGAACUGAAGAAGAUUUGGAGCCGGAAGAGGAGUGGUUGAAGAAAGUGAAUGGAACGAUCGAGUUGAUCGUCCAAUUGCCACAAGCACCCGAAAAUGGAAUGGACGGAUCGUUUGUACAAUUCAGUGUACAAGUCACGGCGCCGAUGUCCGAACUGAAGCAACAAAUCCAGGAUCGUUACGGAAUGGGCAUCGGAAAGCAGAAGUUGUUGAGCGACGGAUUCUUUGUGAAAGACAAUUUGAGCGCCGCCUACUAUAAUCUCCACAAUCGAUCCCUUAUCGUACUUCAAGUCAAAGAACGCGGUGGAAAGAAGAAAUGA